UGGGGAUGGACAUUCUGAUUCAAUUCAAUUAUCGAUGUGCCUACCAAAGAGUAACUAGCGUUCGUGUUAUUCCGCAGCAAUGUCAUAAUGUUGCUGAGAUUCGUAUUGUCUAGAUAAAAAUUAAAUUAAAAAAAUUAAACUGACACUCUUGUCUCUAUCGCGGAGAUUGACAUACAACAACGAAUCUCCUCCGGCGCCAUGAAUUCUCGAUCGAAAGACGAGAUCCGAGAUAUUAUUCGCAAGGAUCUGUUAUUUAUUCACAAUCAUGGUGUUGGACUGUCGAAUCGUCUUGCCGAGGCUCUUGCAGAUAAUAUGUCCUACGUGCAUGAGCUGUUCGUACAUUUGUCACAACCGUCAUCUGGCCCACUUGUGGCAAAAACGCCGAAGAUGCUGCGAAAGAAGAUGACCCAGCGUAUUGAAACCAUACUCGAAGACGAAGUUUUUCAACAGGAAAACAUCUCGCCAACUAGUUCCCUUUAUUCUAUCAAUGAAGAGGAGCAAAAGGAGAACGAGGUAAUGGGACAUAAAAUCAAAAGAGGAGCAUACAAAAAAGCAGAGGAUAAUAUCAAGAAACAAAGUUUUAUUCUUAAUGAUUCCAAAAAGAAAGUAAAGAGAGAAAGCCAUGUUAAAAGGAAGAAAUAUAAUGUAAGCAGUUCUGAUGAAGAUAACAACGAAAAUGUUUCUAAGUACAGUAAAAUUGAAGAAAAUAUAAUAGAUAUAAAAGGAACAAAAAGAGUGACAAGGAAGAACUCGAAACAGAUCAUUCAGCUUACAACCCCAAUUGAAAAAUCAAAAAUUACUGAAAAAGCUAAGCAGGCCAAUGAAGAUAAUUUUAAAUUACCAGUUCUACAACGUUCUUCUAGUAGAAGUUCUUCUAGUAGAAGAAGCUCUUCUAGUAGAAGAAGCUCUAAGAAUUCUCAGAAUAGAGAAGUGAAUAAAGUCAAUGACGCCAUUGUGCCCAAUAUAGAUGAUAUUGAAGAACCAUCUAUGUAUGAAGAUGCAGUAGGAAGGCCUGUUCUAAUUAUGAAUUCAACUCUAAAGCAUAGCCUGUGUAUGUCCGAAAAGGGAUUAAAUGCUACUGUAAUAUUAGAACGUUUACCAAAUCAACCACCAAAAUUAAAUGAAACAGUAGUGAUUCAGAAGACAAUAAAUGUAAAAAAUAGUAAUAGUUUGAAAGAAACAGAAAAUACUAAGAAGACACUACCAAACAAUAUGCAACUAUACAAAACAUCUGCGCAAUAUGAUGAAUUAAUUACAGAUGAUGAAUCAUCGCCUGAAGUGAAAAGACCGAAGAAGCAACUUAAUAGGAAGCAGCCUAAUGAAAAAGAGACAAAAGGUAUGUUAGCGAUAUCUAGUGAGGAUGAAACUUCUAAUACACCAGUGAAAACCCUCAAAAACGCAAAUGUGUCCACGGUCACACAAGAAAGUAAAACAUAUAAAUCGAAUGCAUUAUUUAGUCCUUAUGCAAAAGAAUCUGUGAAGAAGCGGGUUGAAGCAUUUGAACAAGCGGUUAUGCAUAGUCCGAAGUCUGACAUAGGUACUCCAACCAGAAUAACUAGAACGAAAACUCGUGCAAUGAUCACUGCGGAAAUGCAGAUAGAAACAAAAACGACGGAGAAAAAUGUUGCGCAAAUACUAGCUCGAAAGUCGCUCGCUAAAGCUAAGAAGAUUUCAUUAGCGAAACAAAAAAACAAUGCUGAACUUAAAGAGAACAAAGAACAAUUACCGGAACGAAUUAAUAAAUUAUUGACUCAAACUGAUAGAUCAAAUGUAAAAAUGCAACAAUUGAAAACGACACCUUUAAGCAAGACAAAAUUGAUGCAGCCUUAUCCAAAAGUUAUAACCGCCUCGCGCACCAAUAUUGUUACUGGCGUGGAGUCUUUCAUUCAACCAUCAAAAACUAUUACAACUUCCAAUUCGAUAGAAAAGUUAGAGGAAAAGAGACGGCACGAGGAAGACGCGAGAAAAAAAAAAGACGAAGCUUUGAGAUUACAGACGGAAGAGAAGAAAAGAAAGCGGCAAGAGAAGGAACUCAAAAACAAAUUAGCAAGAGAAGCUAAGGAGAAGCAAGAAUUAGAGAAACGCCAGAAAGCCGAGAAAGAAAGAGAAGAGAAGGCAAAAUUAGCUCUUUUGAUUCAAGAAAGGCAUCGCGAGGAAGCGGAGAAGAAGCGUCUUGCCCAAUUGCAACGAAUACAGGAGAAGGAAGAACGUCGCAAAUUGGAAGAGCAACAGAGAUUGCAGAGAUUACAAGAACAAGAGGAAACGGAACGUCUGUUGGCUGAGCAAAGACGUCGAGAGCAAGAAGCUGAAAAACGUAGGGAAGUGGAAGCAAGGGCUCAACAAGCCGCUGCUGAAGCUUUGAAACAGAAAAAUCAGUUACUUACAACCCAAGCUAAAAAACAACAGACUAAUAAUAAGUAUCAAGGUACUGUGAAUUAUGUGUUAGAUAGUGAACCUGAUGAUGAUGAUGAAUCAGACGAUGAAAGCAAACCGAAGCACGAGAUACCGUAUUGGGCGCAGGCGCACAUUCGCAAAGUACAACUCGCGAUGCAACAAUAUAUUCCCGAAAGAAUAGUUUAUAAAUUCUUCAAUACUCGUAAGUGCACGCCAGAUUUGACUGAAUUAUUCCAGGGUAUAGAUAAAAAUCGAUUGAAGCGUACAUCCAGUGCAAUCUGGAAAACGCCACCACGUAUUUCCAUGAUGGAACCCGAGUUUGUCGAACGAAAAUUGCCUUUAAAAAAUUAAUAUGACAAAUACAUGUGGAUAUAAUUAGAGGCAUUAAGUAUAUAUUAUAGUAUUGUAUGCAUGUGAAAUGUAAUAAUGUUUAAGGCAAAUUGUUUUAAUUCGACAUGAAGCCGCGUUGUUCGUUAUUAU